GGCAGUUGAUUGGUUCUCAGCCGUAUCCGGUGGGGCAGCGGUCCAGGGCUCGGGGAAAAAAUCGAAGCGAGGAGGAUCUGGUAACGGUGCGCUUAGAAAAAAAAUAUCACCCAUCCCGAGUCGCCACCGAAGGGCUCGGCAGGAAUUUACAGUUUCUUUACAAAGGUUAGAGGUCAAACAGCAGUGUUGCAGUUGUCGUCAUGGCAUCGGGAAGUACGAACAGCGAGGAGGAGCGGAGCCUGAGGGAGUGUGAGCAGUACGUGCAGAAACACAACAUUCAACAGCUGCUGAAGGACUGCAUUGUCCAGCUGUGCACCUCCAGGCCAGACAGGCCCAUGGCCUUCCUCAGGGAAUACUUUGAGAGGCUUGAGAAGGAGGAGGCCAAGCAGAUUCAGAACCAACAGAAGGCCGGCAGUUCCCGCUCAGACUCGCGUGAUGAAGAGGUGUCUCCACCCAUGAACCCUGUGGUAAAAGGUCGCCGGCGGAGAGGAGCCUUCAGCGCAGAGGUUUACACAGAGGAGGAUGCAGCCUCAUACGUCAGAAAGGUCAUUCCAAAAGACUACAAGACGAUGGCAGCCUUGGCCAAAGCUAUCGAAAAGAAUGUGCUCUUCUCCCACCUGGAUGACAAUGAGAGGAGUGACAUAUUCGACGCAAUGUUUCCAGUCACCUACAUCGCCGGGGAAACGGUUAUUCUGCAGGGUGACGAAGGUGACAAUUUCUACGUUAUAGACCAAGGGGAGAUGGACGUCUAUGUGAACAACGAAUGGGUGACCAGCAUCGGUGAAGGAGGCAGCUUUGGAGAGUUGGCCCUGAUCUACGGCACCCCAAGGGCGGCAACAGUCAGAGCCAAAACCAACGUCAAGCUGUGGGGCAUCGACAGAGACAGCUACAGGAGAAUACUUAUGGGAAGCACUUUGAGAAAGAGGAAGAUGUACGAGGAAUUCCUCAGGAAAGUGUCCAUUUUAGAGUCUCUUGACAAAUGGGAGCGUCUGACAGUGGCUGAUGCCUUGGAGCCCGUCCAGUUUGAGGAUGGACAGAAGAUUGUUGUGCAGGGAGAGCCCGGAGAUGAGUUCUUCAUCAUCUUAGAGGGUUCUGCAGCUGUGUUGCAGCGUCGCUCAGAGAACGAGGAGUUUGUGGAAGUGGGGAGAUUAGGACCAUCUGACUACUUUGGUGAGAUUGCUCUGUUGAUGAACCGUCCCCGUGCUGCCACCGUGGUCGCCCGCGGCCCCCUCAAGUGUGUCAAGCUCGACCGGCCUCGCUUCGAGCGCGUCCUGGGUCCCUGCUCAGACAUUCUCAAACGUAACAUCCAGCAGUACAACAGCUUCGUCUCGCUGUCUGUCUGAAGGGGGCAUCUUUCCCCAUCCCCCCCACUCCCUCCACCCUUCUCCUCUCCUUUUAGACCCAGGGUCCACCAAUGCAAUUUUGCUUUUUGUCACUUUCUUCUUCUUCUUUCUGUUCACUUUCUUCUUCUCCCUCUUUGUUUUGCACACAGAUAAUUUUGUUGUUACCAUCCAUCAGGCAGAGGUGACUUUUAGCCAUUCACCAGCGCUUGUACCAGCUGCUGUACGCUACCUUGUAGGCACAGUUACACAUGUUACCUAUGUUAUAAAUGUAUUUGCUGGUUAUGAUUUCUUUGUAGAAUUAUACACAAAAGAGGAUUGUUAGAUCUGAAAGACAUUUGGGUCUCACACUGUUGAGACAGGACAAUCAAACUUUACAUGGCGCUUUGUUACAAAUUUAUGUUGUCGAUUGAUGUUAAGAAGACUGAUUCUUCCCCAUUCAAGAGUUUCCUUUUUGACCUCUGUUCGCCUGGUUAGAUACAGUGUUGAGCAGUACCUAGAAACUGCAGAAGGCAGGAGGAAUUUGACUGCUUCAACCAUUUUUUUAGGUUUCAGCUGUGACCUGAUGCUCCGUUUGUUAUUUCUGUUGGUUACCUUUGAUCGGUAUGAUGAGACAAUGGUGAUUUUGCUUAGUUUGGGAGGGCUUCUGCAACUUAAGGUUUUUCAUUUAAUUGUGCAGCUACCAGGCUAGUGCCAAAUGUUGAUUAUUGUUAAAACACAAAAAUGCAUAGCCGUGGAAAUGCAGUGCGUGUUCUGUUCCCUAACAAUUUGAAGCUCCAAACUGGAAGUAGUUAUUACCCUUAUUGUCCUUUUAAUCGGUAGAUUAACCAUACAAGAACUGCCUUGACUACUCUGAGGGUAAAAAAGGAAAUAAAAGAGAGGAAAAAAAAAAACAAGAGUAUUAAGUGUAUUUCAGUAUUAAUUUUUUUAGUAUAUACCAAAUAACUUGGUCACUCUUCUGCUAUGGUUUGUAAUCAAAAUGGUAAAAUAGUAUAGUAAAAAUUAUCAUAGUUCUAUUACUAUCAUUGACUAAAUGAUAAACUUAUGGUUUGGAGUGAUGGUGAUCUUAAAAAAAAUAUGUUUAACUGUCUUUUGUAAACACUUAUUUUUCCAUAAAUUCUAUUUUAGCUGUCCAGUGCCACAAAGUAAAUAAAUGCUUCUUCUUGACAAAACAGUAUGUAAUUGUAUUGUGUAAAACGUCAUGGGUUAAAACUUUUUAAAAUAGAUCAAAGGGUAAUUACAGGUUUAUUGAAGUGAAGUCUUGGGGGAAAAAAAACGACAACAAAACAAACGCGACGGUUUGUGGAUUUUCAGGACAUGCAAAGUAUUUAUGUAUCAAAGCAUUACAGGUGAGCUGACGGUCAGAGUGAGCAGAUAUUUAUUUAAAACUAGUGUCAUUGCUUAUGCCUAUUUGAAAAGGUGGCUGUCUUCUCAUCAGAGUAGCUUGUGAUCUGUUCUCUAUGCUUACUUGGCAUGAUGUUUUAGGCAUCCAGUGAUCUGAUAUGAAUGGAAGCGUGAAUUUAAAAAGAAUAAAAGAAAAAAGAAAAAAAAAACUUGCCCUGCAGCUGUGUGCAGAAGCAGGAGCUCAAAUAUUUGGUUUGUUACUCCCUAGCUUAACUGCUUCAUGACUAUUUAGAUGGCAUAAAAUGUUAAGUCUGUUUUUUUUAAAGAUCUUUAUCAAAUCACACAAUGUUGACUUCUGGAUUAUAGGCUUAACUCUUCAUUCCUGCCUCACUGUCUGUCACCAGAAACGACCCUUGAACCAGUCACAGUUCUGUUUCUGUUCCUUCUCAUUCAAAGCACUUGUCUGCGCUUAGAACCGAGAUGUGUGUUUGUACGUCCAAAAAGCUUUGAUUUCGGUGCCGAUUGCAGGGUAGUGGGAUUAAUGAGGACAGUUUUUGUUUUUUCUUUCCAGUUAAAUCAGCAUCUUCAUGUGCCCCGCCCCCUCCCCCAACCCUCAGGUUAUCCUUGUGGAUGUGGUUACAUGUGGCUUUGUGUCCAUCGGCAACACAUCCUGUUUAUCCUGAUCCACAGGAAAUGAGUCCGUUAGGGGCGAGGGUGUGAUUCAACUUUGGUCGACACAUUGUUUUUCAUGUAUAUAGCGACAUCACCAGUUUUAUUCCAAAAUGUUUUUAGCCACACUGCAAUCGUCCCGGUUUGCCUUAGCUUACCUUACCUGGGCUUACAGUAGUAGUCGGUCACUCCUGUUAGCCCGACCUUCAGUGAGUUUGUUAGACCUGCAGCUUCAAGGGAGCUGCAGGCGAUCAGAGGACCAUUCUUUUUCUAUUCUACCCUGUAUUCAGUUUGACCUCCUGUAUGUGCAAAGAUGUUUAUCCUUUUGGUAUAGAUUGUUCCAGAUGGCAGUUUAAGCAAUAAAAAAGUAAAAAUUA